UUGUGGACUAUGUCAUCGUUUGCACAUUGUAGAAAUAUUCCAGUAAUUUAAUUCUUGAAGUUAAAAUCUUUAUGAGUUUAAUUGUUUGUACAUUUAUGUAUUUAAUUUUAGGUUAGCCAUAGAAUAAUUACCAAAGAUAUCAGUACUUGUCCUCGGAAUAGAAGCAAUUCAUAAAAAUGGGUUUAGAAAGGAUGAAGAAAUGUUGCUUUUGUUGGAACUUGACACAGGGGAGUCUUAUCAGCGCCUUGUACACAGCGCUUGUGUGUUUAGUGUUCAUCGGAAUUUCUGGAGAAAAACUGGGUUCAUAUCACAGCCGAUGGAGGUUUCCACACGUCCACAUCGGGUUUUACACCGCGGUCCUGUGUUUGUCCAUUGUGAUGUUGGUUGGGUGUGUGAUGUUGGCCAACGGAGUGUCCAGGAAAAGUAAAUACUUCUUGAUACCUUGGAUAUUAUUCGAACCGAUAUGGACUGUCUUGGCGCUUUGUGCAGCCGUGGUGCUGCCAUCAUUAUACCCAACAGAAGUUGGCAAUCCAGAAGACUUAACCCCGUCCAUUGUUGGUGUUGUGUUUAUGUGUCUACUGAACAUAUACGCUCUUAUUUGUGUCUGUUUCUUCUACUGGGAACUGUCCAAGGAGCCAGCCAACGCAAAGAACAUGGCCCCUCUUGCUUCAGUCCUCGUCGGUGGGUUCAAAGACGCAGACACGUUGAUAAGGAAAAGUUUCCGUCGCUCCAAAAAGUGGGGUCGCAAUCAAGCGCGCCGCAUCAGCAUGCGAAAACCGCGCAACUGGAUGAAAAAAGAAGGGGAAGGGGCGAAUGCUGAUGGAACACCAAACUCAAGAACGCCGAGAAACCGAACCCCGAGGUCGAUGAACGGUCCCUCUCGCCCCCCAGGGUCAGCUACGCGAGAUGAAGUUGUGGCCAAUGGCGUCGCCGCCCGUUCUCCACCUGCGGAUUCGUAUGCCCCGCCUUCGUACACAGACGUCAGCCGUCAGAAUAUGAGGCCCGAAAGGGGUAACCAGAUUGUCAUGUCGCCUGCUAACUUGGAUGUGAGAUAUUCCCGAUCUCCUGCCGAACCCCGGGAUCAGUAUGGUGGUUAUAACGCGGCCUCAGCGCAGCCACAAUCCAGAGGUUAUUAUGGAGAUCAGCGUUCUCCAGCUUCGCCUAACGCGUACCAAGGUCUUCAGAGGCCUCCUCAAGAAACAGAUCCACGCAUGCGUGACCAGUAUGCCUCCCUGUCUGGAACCCAGUCUUAUCAAAACAGAGAUUCUUACGAACCACGUGGUUAUAGGUCGCCACAAGGUCAGGGUCAAACACCACGUGGUUACGACACGCCGUCAUCGGGAGGAUCACGAGGUGCCCCACGUGACUAUUCCCGUGGCUCUGGCAGCGCCCCCUAUUACCAAAGACCGUAUGACUCUCGCACACCUCGAUCAGACGAUAGGGCGGCGCUGCAUGCGCCGAGGCAAGCGACAGAUAGUCGAAGGAGAUUAUAUGAAGACGAGGAUGAUGGAGGAUUUGUAAAUACGGCCUACACCCCUGACACGCCUUCAAAGAAUUUUGCAGAAACUUACAUCUGAGUUGUGUAUUAAAUAUGACUGUAGGGCUACCACAGACCGCGUACUUAGGGAGAUGCUCCUUUUGAAGAAAAUUUCGAUUGAAGGAAACAUAUUUGUUUCUUUAAAGGCUACGUUAAGUCGUUCAUGAUGCACAAGUUUUUUUGUUACGCGGUGUUCACAAAAUUAUUUACCAUAUUAUAUACUGGAUUCAUUGACAUAUAAAGGGAUUCAGUGAAACCAUAACCUGGUGUCUCCUAUCUCCUGUCUGGCGUGGUUAAACCACCACGCGUUUUGCCAGUGAACUCUUGAAGU